CUCAUACUUAACCAUUUUCUUACACUCCGUUUAUAAGGCGUCGAGACUUUGAGCUGAAGCUCUCCACCCGCACGAGUCUUUUGCCGCAUACCGAUGGGCCAAAGUACUUAGACAGAGUGAAUUGAAGACAUAUAUAGCAGAGUAGUUGCAGGGCGGUAGCGAGGCGGCCUCGCAGGGAGAAGCGCGGAGGGAGCUCCGCACCUGGUGGCCUACAUGCGUUGAAGAGCUCCCGAUCUCUUAUGUCUGAAAGGAUGGGGCCCAGUCCGCCACUGCCGGACCGGGCGGUCCACCCCUUCCUUCUCAAGCUCUUUACCAUGACGCCGUUCUCGGCGUGCGCUGCAAACGCGCCUGCUGGGAACUUGGCGAACACGUCGCCUGUCAUAGUGCAAGACUCACACUCGCCAGCUGCGUCACCAGCACGGCAGCGGCCAGGGCCGGGCCGUUCGGAAUCCCCGGCGCGGCCCAGCGCGCUACGCUCCACAGUUGUGGCGGGCAUGCAGUCUGCCGCCUCGGUGCGGAAGUCGGACAAUGGAAUCUUCGCCGCGGUGCAAGCUGCGGCCGCGUUCAGCAACCUCACCACGCGCACCGGCUCCAUGACGAGCGGGACCUCGCAUCGGAGGAGCCAACCGGGCACGCCGGUGCCGGCCCGGGCGGACGGCAGCACCGGCGGCACCAUCCUGGCGCGCAAAGCGGCGGAGCUGGCCAGCAAGGACGCGAACAGCGGGCCAUCCAGCCCCGGCGGCAGCGCGGUGGAGCGCAGCGGCGGCUCCAUGACGGGCAACAGCGGGGCGCUCAAGGGGUUACGGGGGGCGCCGCAGGGACGAUCCGCGCACUGGGUGGGGGACUGGGGCCAACAGGUGCUGCUGGGCGACCGCAGUGUGGCGGAGGUGGUGGCCAACUUCGUGAAGCCGGAGAGCACGCCCUUCAAGCGCGACUACCUGACCGGCAUCAUCACGGGCGGGGCGCGGCUGGACGGCGUGGAGGGCGACACCUUCGCCGCCGACCUGCACGAGCGGGACGGCAACACCGAGUACUGGCGCCGGGCGACGGGCGAGAAGAUCUAUGGGCACGUGGACUACUUUGUGAGCCACUGCUGGCAGUACAAGCUGGGAGACCUGGUGUCCAUGAUCCUGCAGCACUACGACGAGCUGCCGGAGACGGACGGCGGGCGCCUCUACGUGCCGGUGUUCUACUGGGUGGACAUCUUCGCGGUGACGCAGCACUUCGUGGGCGACAUCAAGGACCACCCCGACUGCGACUUCCCGGGCGUGAUCCGGCAGGCCAAGGGCGGUGUGCUGUUCUCCAUGGCGCCCUGGCGCAACCCGCUGUCCGUGAAGCGCGUGUGGUGCCUGUUCGAGGCGCUCACGGCGCUGUCCAUCAGCCGCGAAAUCAACCUGCUGACCGACCCCUUCGACUCCACCGCAAAGGUCGACACGCUGCUGCCGCUCUUCACGCGGCAAGUGGUGGACAUGCUGGACGUGCGCAACGCGGAGGCCACCGUGGAGAAGGACCGCGACUACAUCCUCAACCUGGCGGAGCGCACGCUGGGCAUCAACACCUUCAACUCCAAGCUGCGCCAGGCGUUGCACCACGAGAUCUGCGAGGCCAUGAUCCUGCGCGCCGUGGUGACGGGCGAGACGGAGGAGGGCCGCAAGCUGCUGGAGCGCGGCAUCAUCAUCUCCAACGCCACGCUGCGCUUCAUGCCCAAGCGCGACAGCGCCGGCAAGGAGAUUGAGCGCAUCCGGGACAGCGGCCUGCUGCUGCUGGCGGAGGCGGUCAAGGCCUGCCCCAACCUUCAAUCGCUGGUGGUGUACACGGCGUCGGAGACGGACGUGUCGCCCAGCGGCCUCACCGCCCUGGCCAAGGGGCUCAGCGGCCACCAGGCGCUCAAACACCUGGCGGUGGGCCGGCACCCCUCGCUUGCGUCCGCGCCGGGCACGGGCGGCUCGCUGGGGCGCACCUCGGUGUCGGCGUACGCGGGGCUGCUCACGUCCAACCCGCAGCUGUCGCACCUCGACCUCUCGUACAACAGGCUCGGCCCCGACGGCAUCUCGGCGCUGGCGCCCGCGCUCAACGGCAACCGCACUGUGUCGGUGCUGAAGCUGCGGCAGGUGGGCAUGGACGCCGGCGCGGCGCUGACGCUAGCGGACUGCCUGGCCACGGCCGAGGCGCUGCGCGACCUGGACAUCUCCUUCAACCCGGAGAUGGGCGACAAGGCGGGGCCGGCGCUGGUGAAGCUCAUGUCCCACAAGGGCCUUCAGGUGCUGCGGGCGCAGUCAUGCCGCUUCGGCAUGCAGGUGGGCAAGGUCCUCAUCGGCGACCCGCUCACCAAGUCCGGCAGCAUCAAGGAGCUGAGCCUGGGCUGCUUCGUGCAGCCGGGCCAGUCGGCCAGCAGCCAGGACACGGCCGACUGGAACCAGCUGCUGGUGGACACGGCGGCCACGGCCGGCAAGGCCACCUCGCGCUCGCCCGCGCGCGGCGAGGUGAUGGUGUCGCUGGCGGGCGCGCUGCGGCAGGGCUUCAAAACGCUGGAGCGGCUGGACCUGCGCGGCUGCUUCGUGGGGGCCGGCGUGGGCGGCGAGAGCUCAGGCCUGCGCGACGCGCUCAUCAGCGGCCUCAGCAGCGUGCGGCGCGGCGCGGCGUUCGGCAGCCUGCGGCAGCUGGACCUGCGCUCCUGCAACCAGCCCGAGCUGCUCAAAAUGGACGACAGCCAGAUUGCGCUGCUGCUCAAGCACGGCGGCCUGAACCUGCUGAUGAAGGACUACAAGCGCACCGGCAUCAAGGGCGGCGUGCUGCGGCAAUACGUGCAGUACGACGCCUAACCGCAGCGGCCGCGCUUGGAGCGGGGCCCUGGAGCGGGGCCCGGAUUUUGGAGGGGAUGGGACACGGUGCCUCAGGAGGCAGGCUGGUGGAUGGGAGUGGACGGCAAACGGACGAACACGUGGGUUUGCGGUGAGGAGAACAGAGCAUAGCGGUAGCUGAAGCAACAGCCGCAGCAACAGCAGCAACAGCAGCAGCUGCUGCUACAAGGAUGCGGCGGCAAAGCAGUGGCAGGUGCGGCCAGAGCGGGCGGUAGCUACUACAGCAUUUCUUGUGCAGCGGCAUCGGGUGCGCUCCUGCGGCAACGGCAAGCGCGUGCAGCAGGAUGUGAGCUGAGCCGAGGCUGCUUGAACAUCAACGUAAAAUAGGCAUGGUGGUGGGUAGCUACAUAUGGCGACGGCUUCGGGGGCAGAUUAGCGAGUGAGGUGUGGCGUGCGAUAAGCUGAAGAGUUAGGGGCAGCGCACAUGCAAGAAGCAGAUACGCCGGCAAUCGCGCUCUUGUCAAAGUAGGCGUGCGCGUCAAGUGUCAACGGCCAAGCUGCAACAACGUAUGCACAGGGUCUGCCUGUGCUUUGUGGCCUCGUUUUAACUGCAUUCGGAACAGCGGGCCCUUGUGACCUGGUGAUGUGACCUGGUGACACAUUUUGCGUGUGGGCAAAGGUGCGCGCGGCGGAGGCCGCGCAGCCGGGGUGCAACGCGCGCGUUACUGGGCUGUGCAGUGCAUGGGCCUGGCGGUGGUGGCGGGUAGGCGCUCCGAGUAGUUUAUGUGGUAGCGCGGAUCAGCGGUCGCGCUGGGUGCUGUCGCCCGUGGCCUGCGAGCCCGUGGCCCUUGGUGUGGUAGGAAUGCCGAUAAAGGACUUGAUGACGUGGAGCUGUGUAGGCUUCAACCGCCACACAUGCUUCCGUUGGCUUGCUUGAGUGUGAUGUGUGGAUGGCUUGGCGGUGGCGCGGCCGUAUCCGAGUUGGCGAGGCACCAUGUAGCC